AUGCGGGUAGCGGCCCUAGUACUAACCGAGAGUCGAGAAGGCGCUCAGUUCAGUUCAGUUCAGCUGUGUUCCGGAGCGACAUAUGUUCUACUCCUCCGUACUCCACCGGAUUUCUCUCAUAUAUGGCCCCCAAACCCCACCGCCUACAUUCAUUUACUCUUCACUUACUCGGCUACAGUUUCAGGGACUUGUUCAUUGCAAAACUCGGCGAAAAUAGCGAGGACAAUGACCACUGAAUUCUCCAUGAAAGAUGCUUUCGGCAGAUACGCUGAAUACCUCAAUGACCUGAAUGACAGACGUGAAAGAGUGGUGAAAGCAAGUCUUGAUGUCACCAUUAACAGCAAAAAGGUCAUAUUUCAAGUGCAUAGGGUUGGUAAGCACAACAGAGAAGAAGUUUUGGAGAAGGCAGAAAAGGAUUUGGCGACCGUGACUGAGCAAUAUAUGUCUCGACUAGUGAGAGAACUACAGGGGACUGAUUUUUGGAAGCUAAGACGAGCGUACUCACCUGGGGUACCUUUCAUCUCCUAAAACCAGUAUGUUGAAGCUGCAACAUUUUGUAAAUUCUGCAAGACUGGGACUCUUUUGAAUCUUGAUGAGAUAAAUGCAACUUUAUUUCCACUUAGCGAUCCAUCUUUUGAGCCAUUGCAGAGAAAUGUCCUCGACUAUCUCUUGGGGCUUGCAGACUUGACUGGAGAGCUGAUGCGGUUGGCUAUUGGUAGAAUAUCAGAAGGUGAACUUGAGUUUGCUGAGAAGAUAUGCAGGUUUGCACGUGAUAUCUACAGGGAGCUGACUCUUCUUGUUCCAGAUAUGGAUGAUAGUUCUGAUAUGAAGACAAAGAUGGAUACGAUGCUCCAAAGUGUAAUGAAAAUAGAGAAUGCUUGCUUUAGUGUUCAUGUGAGAGGAUCGGAAUACAUUCCACUCACUGGAUCCAUUGACUCAAGUUCAUUCUUGUUGGACAUGCCUGAUAAUGAACUGUGAAGUAAUUU